AUGCACUUUGCUCUAGUUGGCGCCGUCCUGGGCGUCCUGGCGACGGGCCUGGCCCCUCCUCCGCCCCCUCCCCGGGGCCCCUCCCCGGGGCCCGGCGUUGCCGCCCCUUCCGUGUGCACGUGGAGGCCGGGUUGGGGCGGGGCAGGCGCAGCCCGGGCUGAGCUUGCAGGGCUGCUCCACUCACCCAACCUCUUCGAGUCCUCCGCGGGCUCCGCCCCACCCGGCCAGUGGGGGAGGUUCUGUCCCGCAGCCUUCGCCCGCGCGCUGCUCUCGGGGACGGUUCCUGCUCGCGUUGGGCGCACCAUGGCGCGCUGGGCUGCGCUGGCGCUGCUGCUCCUCGGCCUGCUCCGCCCUCUGGUGGCCGCCCCUGGUGACCCAGCACCCCCUGAUCCCCCCAAACCAAAGCCAGAUCCAAACCCCAACCGACGUGGUUUCACUGGGGCUGACUUUGACUUAGCAGAUGCCUUUGGUGGUGGAGGAAACAGUGACCCAGCACCGCCUGAUCCCCCGAACCAAAGCCAGAUCCAAGCCCCAACCGACCUGGUUUCACUGGCCUCUAACCCUACGGGUGGUCUCUGUGUCGUUUACCCGGCAGUGAUGUUCAUGUCAUCUGAGAAGAGGAGAUUUCAGUGUCUGAGGCACCCUGGGACCAUCCUGACUGGAAAGCACAGUGACAUUGCUGGCCUGAGCUGAAGUGCUGAUUAAAAUAAAUUGAAAGCUGAAUGACUUUUUGAAGAGAUGCUUUACCCAGGAACAAAUAUGGAGAGGAACUCCUUGCAACUGUGUUCUCAAGUAGACCACUUUUGAGAAAUUAUACAUUUAUCAUAACACCUCAAGUCCUGCUCUGCAUAGAAUGACCAUUAUUAUCAAGAAAAGUUCUCCAUUCCCUGUGAUUCAUAAGGAAAUGCGGGCCUAACCAGAACACAGGAGCUGCGACAACCUUGGGUCAGACACAUUCAAUCUCUCUAUUCACAGUUGCAUUUUCUCUCUCUCUCUCUCUUUUUUUUUUUUUUUAACAAAGCCAAUUACCAAUAACUGGGAAAAACAAAAACAAAAAAAAAAAUGAACACACUGUUGAGCUCACUUCUGAGAAAGAUUCUGCAUUGUGAAUGUCAGGAUUCCACAUUUCUGAAGCGCCUUUGCUCCUUCAGAAAGCACAUCUCUAGUUUCGUGGUGAUACAGGAGGGAAAUGACAAUUGUCGGUAUUAUCAGGAUGGCCCAUUGUUCUCUGUGGUUCUCAAUCAAUGUGGACAUCGACCAUGACCAAGCUCGCUCUUUCUUUUCUCUCUUUCUCUCUCCUCUCUCCUUCCUUCCUUCCCCCUUCCCCUUCCCCUCCCCUCUUCCCCUUUCCUUUACCUUGUUUCUUGCUUGUU